AUGACAAGUAACGGUUUAGCAUCGAACGGACCACGACCACGUUUAUGUCAUCUUCGUCGAUGGCCUGAUUUUGUUGGUUAUGGUUUUAAUUUACAUUCAGAAAAAUCUAAACCAGGUCAAUAUAUUGGUAAAGUUGAUCCGAAUUCACCAGCUGAUUCAGCUGGUUUACAUGAAAAUGAUCGUAUAGUUGAAGUUAAUUUUGUUCCUAUUGGAAAUGAAAAUCAUAAACAAGUUGUACAAAGAAUAAAAGAAGGUGUUACAAGAAAUGGUACAAAAUAUCCUGAAGAAGUCAUUUUAUUAGUACUUGAUCCAGAUGCUGAUGAAUAUUAUAAAAGUAAAUCAAUUGUUGUUAAAAGUUCAGAUCCAAAUGUUGAAAAAUUAGAAGCAAAAAGUCAAGAUGAAAUAAAAAGUGGUGAUAGUUCACCUAAUUUAUCGGAUAGAAAUAGUGGCAAAGGAGAUGACUCACCUAUUACACGACAAGCAUCACCACCAAAACAAUCGAAUGAAUACAAUCGAGAAUAUAAACAUGUUACUGAUUUUACCCGUCCACAAGUCACACAAAAUAAAAAUGCUGAUUUACCAUUAACAUCGCGAGCAUUUGAUCAAAAUUAUGUGAAUCCUGAUGAUCAUGAACCUUAUGUUCAAACAACUCCUUCUAAUUCAGACAAAAAUAAACGUUCAAAUUUAUCUCAAUCAUCAUCUGGUAAUGGAUCAGGAGGAGUAUUUGAACUUCCAAUGUCAGCAGCUGAAUAUCGAGAAAAAUUAAAAUCACAAAAUGGUCGUAAACGUGAUUUACGAAAAAAUAAUCAAAUGUCAAUGAAAGAAAAACAUGAUGUUAUUGAUCGUUUGUAA